GUCAAGCAACACCGUGGUGUUACUUUUAACGAUAGUUUGGUUUUUCAAGGCUUGCAUCGUCUGUCUGCAGUCGAUUUCUAUUAUGCAAAUAUUGCUUCGCUGCCACCUGGCCUGUUCGCCAAUCUCCCACGAUUGAACUUGGUUCGGCUUACCAAUAACCGCGUAGGAACCUUGCCUGAUGAUUUGUUUGAAAACUCAACAAACGUGGAAUAUUUCCAGAUGGCGAAUACACAAUUACAUCGAGAUACCAUUGUUAAGAUAGGCAAAGGACAUUUCGGUCAAAAUAUUAAGAAUUUGUGGAUCAGAGGCAACUACAUUCAACUUCUGAAUGAUGGCAUGUUCACUGGCCUACCAAAGCUGAAGCGCUUGGGAAUGAGUCAUUGUGGGAUUAACUAUAUCAGACCUGAUAUACUGAAAGGAACUCAGGUUACACGCGUGGAUCUUGAUGGAAAUCCCAUCCUCAUCAUUCAUGAGAACGCUUUCCGUGAUUCCAAAGUGAGUACAUUUCAAUGUAAUGGAUGUCAACUCACAUCCCAAGUCACAUUUAAUGGCUUUCUGAAGAAAAUGCCUCUUCGUGUGAUCCGGCUACGGAACAACAAUCUCACUCAUGUUCCAAACAAUGCUUUCAGUGGGUUAACAAAACUGUUUCUAAUUGACUUAUCAAAUAACGUAAUUGCAACAAUCGACGAAAAUCCGUACGCCAACCUACCAAAUUGCUACCAUUCUCGCUGCAUACAGCUUGGUAACAACCCACUCAACUGUGACUGCAACCUGGCGUGGUUGCGAACCUUUGCCAAUAACAUUAAAGGCGACAGAACAUUGUGGAAAUGUGCUCGACCGCGCAGCGUGGCUGGAAAAAGCUUGGUAUCAAUCAAAAUCGAUGAGUUUUGUUGUGAAAAUGCAAACUCUACAAAGAGGUGUGGUUCUGUCCCGGAUCCUAACAAUGGAUGGGUUGUUUCUGCUCAUAUGAUUGUCGCAAUCUUGUCUCAGAUUGUGGUAAUGUUUGGCAUCCCUUAUUAACUUCGUGCAUAACAUUUUUACAUUCAGUUGCUUUAAUUAAUCAGUGUGUCUUACAACUGCCUUGCUUUAUACAAAUGCAAGGACUGUAGAUUCCGUGUGGCUUUCAAUUUUCAUUUACCUUUUUUAAGUUUGGGAAUUACUAUUUAGCCAUUGUAUGCAUGUAGAUCCAUUGCAGCAUUACUGAAUGUUAGUACAAAUUUUCUUAUGAUGAAAGCAACUAGAGUUCAUUCCAUGAUACGACAAUUUGGAAAAUAAAGCAUGCAUGUAUUGGAUUUGGUUUAUGUUGCAUUGGGAAAAUGAAUCUCACCCAAUAGUUCGAAUUUACAACUAAAUUUGAAACAUUGUCGAGCUAAUUUAACCCAUUUCGAUACGAAAAGCAUUUGGUGCCUAUUAAAAUUGAAACCACUGACAAGAUUAUUUCUAUUGAUGAGCUUUUGGCCGUCAGACCUACGGUACAGCGUUCAAGAUGUUGAAGCCGGCAAAAAGGCAAAAUCUGUCUGCUAGGUUUCAUGGAUGAGCUGACUUGAAGGUAAACUGCAAUGUGUCUAUACUGUAGGUGGAUUUCAAUUAUAUGUGAUAGCGCAGUCGACCCAUGGAGGUCAACUUCAAAAGGAAAAACAGUUGAUGGCAGAGCGACAAAUAGAUUUGUGUUUCUUCAAAUUUAUUUUGACUGUUAUUAUUAAGAAUUAUCUGAUUGUUCUCACAGGUGACUGCUCUAAUGUUGACCAUCAUGUGGAGCUCAUUUAAAACACUGAAUUAAAACCAACCUAUAGAAAACUGCUCUUAAAAGUGGAAACAGUUUUAGAUAGGAUAGUGCUAUCCAUCAAAUAUUGAUUUAAAAAUUGAAUUUUUUACAAAAAUCUCAAAGGUUUUCAAAAACGGUAUUGAUUACAAUAAGCAUAAAAAUAUUAAUUUGAAAACACCAAAUUAUUUGGCUUUAUAUAUUGCAAAUGUGAGAGAUCACAAUUGGUGAAUAGCAUUAUCCAACCUUCCCACAACCAAUCUAUGUAUUAUGUAAUACAGUAGUAUCUACAGCAUAGUAUAGAUUCAAAGAAUCCUGAGCGAGCUUAAUGACUAUUAAUACUAGCACAGGUGACAGUGUGUAUCUUAGCCUUAGGAGUGGCUUCAUUGGUAAAAUAUAGUUUGGUUUUUAAUAAUAGUAUUGGGGGUGUGCCGGGAUACUGCUUUGCCGGAUUGUACCAAAUGCUAGUCUACCACCGGAUACCGAUGCAGGUCAUAUUUGGACAAUAUCUCACUAUCUUUUUGUCGUAAAAUUUUCCAUUGUCUGUUUAGUAUGUGGCACAAGAAUUGUCAGAC